AUGCCGCUGGACGAGUACGCCUCGAUUGGCGGCGGCCUCAAGCUCAAAGGUGCCAAAGUGGGGAAGCCCAAGAAGAAGAAGAGAAAGGAUAAGAGCGACCUGGAGAAGAAUCUCGAUGAUGGCAGCGAGGGCGGAGCGCUGGUAAAGCGCCGGUCGGAUGAGGACGAAGUCGACGAGAAGAGGGCAAAGGGGAAGAAGAGAAGAAGCGCGGAGCCCGAGGCCCAAGACGAGGACGAUGAGGAAGGCCGUGGUGUCGUGCACAAGACGGAGGCCGAGCGGCGGUAUGAGGAGAGGAAGCGCAAGAGGCUCCUCGAACUCGCCGAAUCGUCUAGCGCAAGACCCGAGCUGCUUAAAACACACAAGGAGCGCGUCGAAGAGCUUAACACUUACUUGUCCAAGCUGAGCGAGCAUCACGAUAUGCCCAAGAUUGGGCCUGGUUAA